GUUCACUUAAUUAAUGCAGAAUCAGAAAAUGACUUGAAAUGGCCUAUUAAAUAGAAAUUGGCCUAACACUGUUGCCAUGACGAUGUCAUUUACAAAAGUUACAUGUACAUAUAGAUGGGACCACAUAUAUUUUGUAAAAUGUUGGGAGCUGAAACAAAGACAUUUCAAAUGAGGUGAUAAAUGACUAAAGUUGGUUCUACUGUCCUGGUACACAACCACCAAACAAGUCCUUUUAUUAUUUAGACCCAUAAGAUGGGGAAACUUGAUGCAAUUUUUGCAAAAUUAAAAAACAAACAAGCCAAUGGAACUGGAAGUCAGAUAACGUCAGAUGGAACUCCUGAAAGUAACAACAACAAAAAAGAACUUGCUGAUUUAAACCAUGAUAUUUCCAGAUCUUCUAAUGUAUCAACAUCAUCUUCUUCAAUUUUAUCUGGUUCAAGUCGAAGAAAAAGUCGUAAAUCUAAGCCAAGAAACAUUGCUGAAUUUAAAGGCGGAGAAAAAUACGAGAAAGAGGAAAUAAGUGAAUACGAAAUCAACAAUCAGAAAUGGAACCUAGAUUCCCAAAAUGGCAGCGAUAUUGACAUAGAUGACCAAACAACCAUAGCCAGUUCUCGACCUAUUACUCCAAAUAGUCCAAAUUUUUAUGAUGUAUCGUCUGAUUAUGGCUCCACAUUGCAACCAGAUUCUCUUGAAAAUUCCCAAGAUGCAGAUAAAUUGGUAAUAGAUGAAUCUUUUGACAACGAUAAUGAUAGUAUUCCCUUAGAUUUGACAGUUUCCAAGGAUACCAAAAAUAAACAGAAUGACCAUAACUUAACUGCUGAUGAUAAUUUAGAUGCUGCUGAUUCUAGAACAACUGCUGAUAACCAACCCAAUCCUAAUUUACAUUCCACUCCUGAUGCAAAACUACUCAACUCGACCAUGAACGAACUGCUGAAGAUGUACGGACUGGGUGGUAACCCCACUGAAACCCCAGAUAAACUACAGCUAACCAAAUACCAUGUUGCCCAACUUGCUGCCACAGCAAACCUUGGUUUAAUCCCCAAAAUACCAGCCAAUAACCAUGCAGUCCCUCCACCUGUCCUUAAUGGACAUUUUUCCACUCCAAAGAAAGGACUUUUUUCCAAUCCCAGAACACCUCUACUUCUGCAGAAUGGAGGUUAUAAAUCAAGUGCCAAACCAUUAUCUAGUCCCUCCUUUACCAAAGUUUCCUCAUCUAAACUACCAGGAUUAAAAUCACUCGGCUCAUCUAAAACACUUUUACCAGAUUAUACCAAAUAUUUAAAAAGAUUCAGUAAUGGAACUCAAUGUGGUGGAAGUCAUUGUAAAGAACUUGGUUAUAGAGAACAUUAUCAUUGUCUCGACUGUUGUAAAGUUUAUGUUAAAAAGGAAGAAAUGGUUCGACAUUUUAAAUGGCAUAAAAAACGGGAAGAGUCUCUCCAACAUGGGUUUAUGCGUUAUAGUCCUAUGGAUAACUGUCAGUCUAAAUUUGGUAUUUGUACUCAUAAUGGUCGACAAACUCAUUACCACUGUCUUCAGAAUGGCUGUGAUAAGGUAUAUAUUAGUACUUCGGAUGUUCAGAUGCAUGCUAACUAUCAUCGUAAAGAUUCAGCCAUUAUUCUGGAAGGUUUCCAACGAUUCCGUGCAACCGAAGAUUGUGGUACUCCAUCUUGUCAGUUUUAUGGACAACGAACAACACAUUUUCACUGUCGACGUGCAACAUGUAACUUUACCUUUAAAAACAAAGCUGACAUGGAGAAACACAAGACAUACCAUCAGAAGGAUGAAAUAUUAUCUAAAGAUGGAUUUAAAAAAUUUAUGAAAUAUGAGAGUUGUAUGUUUAAAAAUUGUAAAUAUACAAAGAUCAGCAACCAUAUACACUGUAUUAGACCAGGUUGUGAUUAUGUCCUACAUUCCACUGCUCAACUUUAUUCACACAAACGAAAGCAUGAAAGGCGAGAGUUUGAAAGUGCUUAUCAAAGUUUUCGCACCACUCAGCGUAAUGGUCCUGUAAUAAAACAGUCACUCAGUCAAGGUCAGACAGGUCAACUUGUGACCACUAGACCUGUCACUGUUAGCAGUACUGCUCCACGAUCUGUUGUACAGACUGUGACCACAAUGUCCCUACCUGUUACAAUUAGUCCUUUACAACCCAUUUUCCAACAGUCAUCCACCGAGGAAGGAGAUUCACCAUCAAGGGAGACAACUGAAGAAGAAGAUAAUGAAGAGGAGGAGGAGACAGAAGAGAAGUCUGUUUUGAAGAAUUAUUCUGAUGAACUGACUGGUGAAAAAUUAAACGAUUCCCUUACUUUACCCAUUCCAAAACUUGAAGUUAAAUCAGACCUAACACACAAGAAUAGUUUGAAGACAUUGACACCCACUCCACAGAAAGAUAGUCUCACUUUUUCACCAGAUGUUGGUCGUCCAUUAAUAGAUCGCAGAGAUAAAGAUGAUUCCUGGAAAAAUUAUCUUAUAAGAUAUACAGCUAAUGAUCCAUGUAAUUCUCGAUGUGUUUUACUCUAUAAAGAUCAUUAUCACUGUCAUGUUGAGGGAUGUAAUCAUUUAUUCCGUGGUAAAGAUGGAGUCAGAGAACAUUCAAAAUUUCACGAACAACAAGAUCGUAUUAGUCCACUGGUUUAUGAAUCAUUUGAUACUGAUGAAGAUUGUUCACGUACUGAGUGUCAGUUUAACGGCAAUAAAAAACAUCAUCAUUGUAAUUGGUCUGGGUGUAACCAUGUUAUAGAUGGGGAAAGUAAUAUGUUUGCUAGAUUAGAACAUUAUAGAAUCCACGAAUAUGCCAAGGUUUCAGCUGGUCGAUCCUCACGCUCGUCAGGACUCGGUUCUCUUGAUAAAUUUGAUGAUGAUCCAUCCAAACGUAGACGAGGCAGACCACCAAAGUAUCCACGUUCCAUAAUUCCUAGUGUGCCAAAGGUCAACCUCUCUGAUGAUGAAAUAACAGAUUCCGUACAACGAUAUCUUCAUGGGGAAGUUGACGAAAGCAGUAAGGUAUUUAACGGAUUUCAGAAAUUUGAAGAGAACGAAACUUGUCCCGAUGAUUUGUGUCUGUAUGCUGGAAAAGAUCAUUAUCAUUGUGCCCGUAAUCGUUGUUACCAUGCCACGGACAGAUUGGAUGUUUUAAAUCUCCAUGCUAAAGAUUUUCACAGCUUUGUCACUAUUUUGGAUGGAUAUGAAUUCUUUGAUCGAAAUGUCAACUGUCGUAGAAAUCAUUGUCAUAACAACAAAGCGAAUCGUCAUUUCCAUUGUACGCGACCCGGCUGUGAUUACUCGUUCGUCCGUCACAGUACAAUGACUCAACAUGAAAAGAAACACAACCAAGCUCACACAACGGAUAGCGAUAAAAUUUCCCCACCACUCAAGAAAACAACGAACUUUGUCCCAAUCGUUCCUGCAACUCCUGCAUCCAUCGAAUUAAGAAAUAAAAAUAUUGUAAAAUCUGCUGGUACUUUUUAUCCCUUGUCGGGUCUUAACAACACUACCUUUGUAUCCGUAUCGCUACCCAACAUGAUAUCUGUUGGACAACCAAACUUUGUGACGUCAACUCUUCUCUCUCCAUCAUCAAGUGCUGCUACUCUUUUCCCGAUACAAGGAUUAAGCCUUGUUCCUCAAUUGAUUGUUCCAACUUCACCAACCAUGCAAACUCUUGUACCCAUAACAGUGCCAUCUACCGAGACCAACUCCAGUACUCUACCUGUUCUUUUACAGCAGCAGCAAGUAGAAGGAAACUCAGAAAACCCAGAAUCCUCUUGGUCAAAUCUCAGAAAUACCAUGCACUUUUCUAACAACCAGAACUGUUGUCGGCCAUUUUGUAAAUUGAAGAAGAAAGACCAUUACCACUGUAUUGAAUGUAACCAGGCCUUCUCAGAUCCUCUUCGACUUCGCACUCAUAUACAGAAACAUGGCAUCAAAUUAAAACGAGGACCAUCAUCCACCAAAACUGAUGGAGGUCUUGACCUGUCAUCACCAGCCAAGCGGAUCAGAUGUUCAGAGACUGUUACAGAGCAUGGCAACGGGCGCCAAGAUGAAGCAGAUUUGACCUCAUCAUCCUUGAACCUUGACCCUGCUGUGUUUUCUAGUAUGUGGAGAUCAGAGGAAAUGUGUAAUGAGAAUAAGAUCAAGUUGAAAAGAGAACCAGAUGAUAGUCUGACAAGUAACGACAGCGAGGUGUCCGAUCAUUCUAAUGCUGACGACACUGACGGUUCUCCUUCUGAUUUAUCUAAAUGGUCAGGACGAAAGAGGACAGCAACAAAACAUGAAGAUUUUAUAGACAGUGAUAUCGUUGCUCCUAAAGUUCCGAAAAUGUCGAGUCCAAGAAUAAAACAGGAAUUUGAUAAUAUGCAAGAAGGAUAUUCGAGAUAUCGUUUCAAUGAAGAUUGUGAAUAUAUGAAAUGUGCAUAUAAACAUAGUUCUACUCACUAUCACUGUUUACGAUCAGACUGUGGUUACGGUUUCAGUGACAGAUCACGACUUAUUCAACACACAAUGAGACACGAAAGGAUCGAUAAAAUUAUGGGAGACGAAUUCAGACAGUUCCGAGCUUCAGUUCAUUGUACAAAAAACAAUUGUGAAUUUUCCGCUAAAUCGUCACAUUUUCACUGUCUCAAAUGUCCCUUUUCUUGUGCCGAUUCAAGCAAAGUUUCUGCUCAUAGGAAACAUCAUCUAAAACUUGACAAUAUCAGUUCAAAAGGCUUCGUUAAGUAUAUUGGUAGUCAAGACUGUGAAGUUCCUUUUUGUGCUCAUUCUAAAAAGCAAACCCACUAUCACUGUACAUUCCAAAAUUGUAAUCAUGCUGUCUUAGGACCAGCACAAAUGGCUCCCCACAAACUGAAACAUUCCGUAAAGAUAAAAGAGGAAAAACAUUCAUAACAAUUUGUACAUUCAAAUUAUUUUAAAUUUAAUACUUGUUGAUUUUAUUUAUGGAUUGUUUCAUUCAUGUUAGAAACAAAAAAAUAUUGUUUGUUUUUGAAAAUUAAUUUAUUAAUUGAAUUAAAGGGAUAUCUUGCUGAAGAAAAAACAGACCGUUAAUUUAAAAUACAAAAUGUUAGCGGUAUGAAUUUCCCCAAGAAAAAAUGAAGCAGAUUUGAUUGUUCUAGAAAGGGUAUCCAUACCCUAUCUCAUGCACAACACCUAGCACUAGUUUGGCUAAAUCGGCGAUAGAUUGGAAUAUUUAGAGAGAAUUGACCAUCGCCAGUUGAGACAUUUCUUACCUUUCAUGAUAAGGUAUAUCUCAGUCUUUUUGCACGAUGUUGAUUAAAUAUCAAGAUGGACAUUUAUUCAUUUUCUCAUCAACAUUGCCCUUUAUACAUUAAAAUGCUUUGUAUUGAAACUGCUGUUAAUUAGAAUUAUUUAUGAUAAUUUAAUCACCAUUUAAUGAUGUAUUAAUAAGUAAUUUACAAAUCUCCUAGUAUGUGAAAUAGUAUUAUUAUGCAAUAAAUUUGAUAGUAUAUUUUUUACAAGUGAAAAUUACAUCACCUUAGUCCAUGUAAUAGAAAUUAUCUCCCUUUGUUAGUAAUAAAAGUAUAAUUUUGUUAUUAAGUCAUCAAUGUGUAAAUAUAUUUUAUAGUGAUCACUUUAAAAAUGCCCAUUCCCACAGUAUUCCAUUCCCUGUUAUCAUUAAGGUUGUUAAUUAUUAUUUAUCUGUUUCUUUAAUUAUUAUUUAUACAUUUCUAGCCUUUCAAAAUUUUGAUUUAUAUUUUAAAUUUCAAAAUCUUGAGCUGAUUUGUCAUUCCAGUCAUGAUAACAUAUACCAAUACCUUAAAUGUAUAUAAAUAAAUUUUAUUUUUAAAAGUAUAAAAAAAUUAUAGUAAAGAAGAUUAAAUAUGUAAAUUGUAAAGUAGCAAGAGAUGUUAACACAUGUUCUAGAAUGAGUAGACAUACUCUGCCUUGUACACAGCACACACCAGUAUGCUCCAACGGCUAUAUGACGUCAUCUUGAAAAACAAAUAUUCCUGCCACUGCACAAUCUAUGCAAAUUCCCCUCCAUUUUCUAUAACUGAGCACAUACAAUCUAUGUUAAAUACAAUACAAUGGAUUGUAGCCUAUGUUCAUAUACAUCUCCACAAUGUCAAGGUACUGCAAGAUAUGUCUGAUUGACUGUAUUAGCCAAAACGUACCAAACACUGAGUUCAAAAAUAUUUUGGCAAGAUCCAAGAAAAAUCAAAAAUUGUUCAUGGUUUGUGACAAAACAUGUGCCUUGGUCGGUACAGUUAAUAAGCUUUACAGCUUCAUAACCUGCAGGGGGUACAGUAGAGCCAGCUAAUUUUGUCAAGGUAUCAGACAUGUUGUUUUUUCCUUGACAUUAUGAAGAUAGUCCAUCCAUAUACUGCUGAUUUAUUCUAUAAAGACACAAGUUAUAUAGUUUAUAUAUUGUUAUCAUUAUACCUAUAUAUUAUCCAGUAUUUAUUACAUUUCUUUAUUCGUUAUAUAACCAUCAUAGAUGUAGACUGCUGAAAUAGUUACUUUUUUAUUCUCUUAUGCAAUUCCAUCCCGACCAUAGAAAAUACCAGUAGACCUAAGGCCCAUCGGCUAUUAUAGUUGAACUCAAGUGGUUAUAAAUUUAUCUGUUAAAUGUUUAUAUUACCGUGAUAUUUUAGAAUUUUUUAAACACUUGACAUUCAGUGUUUAUUAUGAAUUCUUCAAAACUUUAUACUGUAAUUUGACCUGCAAUAUUUCAUUGGAGUUCUAAUUAAAGCCCCUCAUUGUCAUUUGCAUUAUUCAGACAAUAUUUAAUUUUUUACAGAUUAAUCCACACUAGAAUCUGUUCAAAUGGAUUAUUUAGAAUUUUAUUAAGAAAGCACAUUAAAAUGAGACGAUCAAAAGAUUUUAGCAAAAAUUAUAGAUAGUGCUGAUCUUAUUUGACCAUGUCCUGUUUAUGUAAUCUAAACAGGAUGUCAAAUGUUGACAAAUUAUAUCCAUCAUACUGAACAUUUUUAGGUGGAGACAUUUUUAAGAAAUUCAACUUUCACAAUAUUGUAGUUUGUAAAGGAUUUAAAAUCCAUUAAUCCGGUUUCCUCCCCUUGCUAAAGACCCCUACGCGCAAGCAAAUUAUGUAAAUAAAGUUAAUCCAUAUGUUAGUCCCGAAAUGACCUAGUUUGUGUCGAGUGGACGUUAAACCCCAUUUCUCUCUCUCUCUCUUAAAAUCCAUUAAAUGAUGAUCAGAGAUUUCAAGCUAAAGUAAGAGUGGUGAUUACCGGUAUUGUUCUUAAGACUAAGAGUCACAGAAUAUGUAGAUAGUAGAAAUGUGUAGAAAGUCAUUAUGCAAUUAUAUACCGAUUAUACAAAUACCCUCUUCUUUUCCAUAUAUUGUGUUUGAAAUUGAUUUGAGUUUCUAAUGUUGAGUUAUUAAAUUUAGGAAAAUUAUUGAUAAGCUUUUUAUUUUUGUUAUUUAUAUAUUUUGCUUGAUAUAAUUAUCACAAAUUACUGCUGAUGACUGUUUUAUAUUUGAGAAUGAUUUACAAUUUAGUUGCCUUGAUUUAUACAUGUAGUAUUGGAUAGCUGUUUAAAUAGGUCUCAGACCUCUCCUUAAUUCGCACCCUGUUGAUAUGUUACCGAGAGGGUUCAACUUAUUAGUCCUGAUUUAUUAUUAAUUAUUUAUUACUGGUCACAUUAAACUAUAUCAUUUAGAGUUACUUGUUAAUAAAAGAAAUAUACCUUCA